AAAUAGUGCACGAAGAAAAAAUUGGUACUGAAAAAAUUAUAAAAUAAUGGAAGAAAGUGACAAUAAUUCCCAUGUUGCAGGCUUGCUUGCCUAUCAUUUAGUCAAUCUAGUUCUUCAGGAAGGUUGCAUGAUUGCAAACGCCGCCUUAGAGUCGGGAUGUCCUCGUGAAUAUUUGUCAACAAGAGUGAACGCCGUAAGAUCAGAUUUGACGUUCGUUAUUCGUGCGGGCGAAGACGCCACAUACGUCGACCCCGUGGUCGAUAACUUCAUCGAGGGGGCUGAUAAUGCUAAGAUGGAGUCGGAACCAAAUGUCUUGAUGACGUCCACACCGCAAAAAGUUACUGACGAUAAACCUAAAAAAGAAAAUGGGCAAGGAGACGACUAUACAGAGGAGCAACAAUACGAGUUGAACAACUCUACAUCUCUAUUCAUAAAUCAGUUGUUUGACAUAAGUGACGUGGAAUUAGGAAUUAGCGACCAUGCAAGUCAUGCACAGAACACUGAGUACAACGAAUUAUUACCUUUCUCUAUAAGAAAUGUAAUGGAUUUUUACAUGAACGCCGCACUUGAUGCGUUCCGUGUAACAGAAGAAAAAGAGAGAGAGUCUGUUGACAAACGAGUUAGGAUUACAGGAAAUUCUUCCUUUUCUUACAUCGAAGAAGCAUUAGAGGAUUAUGAGAAUGACAUAGUAUUCUACGUAGAUAAUGACGAUUCACCAUGCACGGAAAAUGUUUAUCAGAUACCGCAAGAUCCAAUGACGUCACAAAUGGCAUUACAGUGUGAUCUUGAUAACAAGAACGAAAAUUCGGAAUUAUAUGAAAAUACGUAUCUUACUCUGAACCGUGAUUACGAUCAAUGCUCCGACGAAGAGGAGUUUCCUAUACUAGAAGAUCCCAAGGAGAUGUUGAUGCAAGAAAUUGCAUUGCUCACAGCAAAUACUUCUAUCGAUACUGGCCGCUCGUACGACGAACCCGAGGAAGACAUACAUAUUGAUUAUAAGAAGCCGCGGGAAGAGUUAGCCGGCGUUUCUACGGGCUCUCGCAAAAGUAAACUCGUUCGUCGGUGGCGCCUGCAGGGUGCCAGAUUCCUGGCCUGCAUCCGGGGCUGGUGGCGACGCAAAGCUACUGGAAAACGCAAGGCAGCAGGAUCGGCUAGCCAGCGGCCUCUGUCGCCGGGCGUGCGCCGCCGAGCCGCCAGCCUGCUGGACCAGCGCGUGUCCUCCACCGUGCUGCCCUGCCACGCCAAGUGCAACACCAUCAACGAGGCACUCCUCAACUCCCAGCACUGGAUGGACUACACCUUCGAAACUAAACCUAAUGAUUGUGGUGAUGUCUAAUUGCCUUUGCCGUGAGAUUUAAAUUUUAUUUAUUUACAUAUAUUAAAUGAUACGAAUACUUACCUACGUCUUCUAAUAAAUGUUUGAUCUAAUAUUAAUGUUUGUUUGAAUUAGGUAUUAUUAGACUAUAGACGUUUAAAUCUUCAUUCAGUCGAAUCAUCUACGUGACUAACGUCAGUAACCGAGGAUUUGUAGUAAAUGUUAUAAUCAUAAAUUCUUUAAACAGGUGUUUUGAAAACAUUUCAUUAGCAAUGGCAUCGGCAUUAAAUCAAUCAGCGCGGGUCGAGCAGGUAACUGUCGAACACCUCGAUUUCCGAAAGAGAUCCGAUCAAAAUAGUUAUCGAAGAUGUAGAUUUAUCAUUGGAAUAGUGUGCGGUUGGUGUGUUUGGCGAGGGCGGGCGGGAAAGCUCCUCGUCUCGCUCGCGCGCGUGAGAAGGACGCUUGCCUGAAGCGGUCGCGGCGACGGACCGACUCCGCUGAAAAUAGAACGGUCGCGGAUUCCUGGGCUAAAUCUCAAAUAUCCAGACGGGUGCGCCAUCUAAGCCAGUUAAAACAGUCCCGCGAAAAGUUGCCGAGCCCCACUUCUUGUCUGAACGUUCGCCAGUGAAGACCGGGAGGGAACCAACUACCACCACACAAAA